GCUGUCAGUCGACUGGGCAGCCGGCCGCACUUCCGCCUUGGUGUCAGUGGGUCGCGGGCCUGCGGGGCGGGGGCGGGGCGGGCAGCGGAGCUCGGUCGGCGCUGGAAGGAUCGCGGUCCAGAUCUCCAGUGCCUAUUGGAUUUUUACCUUAGAAAGUUCAGAGCGUGAAAUUUCUUACACUGUCGAUGUAGAUCCAGUGCAAUGAUUCAGUAGAAGACCCUCCAGAUCAGGCGGCGAGGAGCCUGGCGCUGAAGGAUGAACGGAGAGGAGGAGUUCUUCGAUGCCGUCACAGGCUUUGAUUCUGAUAACUCUUCUGGGGAAUUUUCAGAGGCAAAUCAGAGAGUCACUGGCGUGAUUCAUGUGGACACCAGCAAAAGUAAUGGGAUUGGAAAAGUUGGGGAGAGGCCUCCUCAAGAGAAUGGAAUUCAAAAGCACAGGACGUCGUUGCCUGCUCCGAUGUUUACCAGAAGUGAUUUCAGCGUGUGGAGUAUAUUGAAGAAGUGCAUUGGCUUGGAGCUGUCCAAGAUCACGAUGCCCAUCGCCUUCAAUGAGCCUCUGAGUUUCCUGCAACGGAUCACGGAGUAUAUGGAGCACGUGUACCUCAUCCACAAAGCCUCCUGCCAGCCCCAGCCCCUGGAAAGGAUGCAGUCUGUAGCGGCCUUUGCGGUUUCGGCUGUGGCUUCCCAGUGGGAGAGGACCGGCAAGCCGUUCAAUCCGCUCCUGGGGGAGACGUACGAGUUAACCAGGGAAGACUUAGGGUUCAGAUUCAUAUCCGAGCAGGUCAGCCACCACCCCCCCAUCAGUGCAUUUUACUCGGAGGGCCUCCAUCAGGACUUCCUGUUUCACGGCUCCAUCUACCCGAAGCUCAAGUUCUGGGGGAAGAGCGUGGAGGCGGAGCCGCGUGGCACCAUCACGCUGGAGCUUCUCAAACAUAAUGAAGCCUACACGUGGACCAACCCUACCUGCUGUGUCCACAACGUGAUUAUCGGGAAACUCUGGAUAGAGCAGUACGGGACGGUGGAGAUUGUAAACCACAGAACUGGAGAUAAGUGUGUGCUUCACUUUAAACCGUGUGGAUUGUUUGGAAAAGAACUUCACAAAGUGGAAGGGUACAUUCAAGACAAAAACAAAAAGAAGCUCUUUAUGAUCUAUGGCAAAUGGACGGAGUGUUUGUGGGGCCUGGACCCCGCUGCGUACGAGUCCUUUAAGAAGCAGGAGAGGAGAACCGAUCCCCUGCGGAAGACAAAGCUGGACGACUGCCCCGAGAAGGCCGACGGUGAUGUGGUGGACGCCGUGCCGGAGGCUCAGGAGACGGUGCAGGUCAUUCCGGGCAGCAAGCUACUCUGGAGGGUCAACACCCGGCCCCCCAACUCUGCCCAGAUGUAUAAUUUCACGAGCUUCACGGUUAGCCUCAAUGAACUGGAGACGGGCAUGGAGAAGAUCCUGGCCCCCACCGACUGCCGGCUGCGCCCUGACAUCCGAGGCAUGGAGAACGGCAACAUGGAUCUGGCGAGCCAGGAGAAGGAACGGCUGGAGGAGAAGCAGAGGGAGGCCCGGAGGGAGCGGGCCAGGGAGGAGGCUGAGUGGCAGACGAGGAUGACGACUUCAGGCGCUCUGUUUCCAAGCCUGGUGCCAGGCUCCCGUGGGUCCUCCAACAAGUAUUUGGUGGAGUUUCGGGCCGGAAAAAUGUCAUUGAAAGGAACUACUGUCACCCCAGAUAAACGGAAAGGGCUUGUGUACAUUCAGCAGACGGAUGACUCCCUCAUUCACUUUUGCUGGAAAGACAGGACAUCGGGGAACGUGGAAGACGACUUGAUCAUCUUCCCCGACGACUGCGAGUUCAAGCGCGUGCCGCAGUGCCCCAGCGGGAGGGUCUACGUGCUCAAGUUCAAGGCGGGGUCCAAACGCCUCUUCUUCUGGAUGCAGGAGCCCAAGACGGACCAGGACGAGGAGCACUGCCGGAAGGUCAACGAGUAUCUGAACAACCCGCCGAUGCCUGGAGCUCUGGGGGCGAGCGGAAGCGCAGGCCACGAGCUGUCUGCGCUGGGCGGUGAGGGCGGCCUGCAGAGCCUGCUGGGGAACAUGAGCCACAGCCAGCUCAUGCAGCUCAUCGGCCCCGCCGGCCUUGGAGGACUGGGUGGCCUGGGGGCGCUGACGGGGCCGGGCCUGGCCAGCCUACUGGGGAGUGGAGGGCCUCCAGCGAGCAGCUCUUCCCCCAGCUCCCGGAGCCCGUCGGCAGCGGUCACCCCGUCCUCCACCGCCCCUUCCACGCGCACCACCCCAGCUCCCUCCGCUCCAGCAGCUGCCUCGGUGAGCAGCCCGAGCCCCGCGCCCAGUCCAGGCAAUGGAGCCAGCACGGCCGCCAGCCCGACCCAGCCCAUCCAGCUGAGCGACCUUCAGAGCAUUCUAGCCACUAUGAACGUGCCGGCCGGGCCAGGAGGCAGCCAGCAAGUGGACCUGGCCAGCGUGCUGACGCCCGAGAUCAUGGCCCCCAUCCUUGCCAACGCGGAUGUCCAGGAGCGCCUGCUGCCCUACCUGCCGUCUGGGGAGUCGCUGCCGCAGACCGCGGAGGAGAUCCAGAACACGCUGACCUCGCCCCAGUUCCAGCAGGCCCUGGGCAUGUUCAGCGCGGCCUUGGCCUCGGGGCAGCUGGGGCCCCUCAUGUGCCAGUUCGGGCUGCCUGCAGAGGCCGUGGAGGCCGCCAACAAGGGCGAUGUGGAAGCAUUUGCCAAAGCCAUGCAGAGCAGUGCCAGCCCCGAGCAGCAGGAGGGCGGCGGGCAGGACAGGAAGGACGAGGAGGAGGACAUGAGCUUGGACUGAGUCGCCUGCUGUCAGAGGGCUGGCCGCCCGGCCGUGCGGCCUCAGCGGGGGCGUGUGAGCACGCCCCUCCCACCUCUGUCCCAACUUGCUCAUCAAUAAAAGUCUUCUCUUUUA